AUGACGAAUUAUACAGAUUUAAAUCAAACUAUUCUUUCUUCUCUGAGAUCAGGCGAUGAACAAUCAUCUGAUGAUGAGAUCAAAACUCUGUUUAGUUCGUCACCAGAAAAUGCCGAUGGUGAUAUUGAUACAACCUUAGCAUCACCUCGUUAUUUAGCAUCAAAUGUUCAAGCAGUUUAUAGUGAACUCGCAUUAAUUCGUAAACGUUUAGCACAAGAAAAUGAGCGUUUAAAAAAGAAAUCUGAUUUAUUAAAUCAAUGGGAAGAACGUAUGCGUGAAACUAUUGAACAUGGCUGGCAAGCACAUAAAGAAAAAUUUGAUACAGAAAUAAAUGUAUACAAGGAAAAAUUAAGCCAAAUGACAAAAGAUUUCAAACGAACAAAUGAAACUUUACAGUUAUUACGUGAACAAAAUAGUGAAUUAAAACGUAAUUUAAAUGAUUUACGUGAAACAAAUGAAAAGUUAGUAGAAAAAACAAAACAAGCAGAAAAACGUUCCGAAAAUUUAAUACGAUUAAAUCAAAUUUCAGAACAAAAAAUUAAAGAAUUAGAAAAAACUAUUGAAAUCAAUAAAAAACCACCUAUAGCAAGUCACAAUGAAGAACCUACAAAAAUAACUGAGAAUACUAGUUGUUGCCGAAAUACAUCGGAUGGUGAACGUUGCUAUGAACAUCACUCGUCGGCAAGCUCUCCUACUACAAUAUCAAAAACGCCCAGUAUUGCUUCAACAGAUUCUUUAAUUUUCUUAUUUAAUUGGUUAUCUGAUAUAACUCAAACAACAUUAACUGAAUGGCCAUCUUCUACAGCAAUAACAUCCGAUACCAUAGAACGAUAUUCCAAAUUAUUAAGUAUUCUAGCUGAUCAAUCUUCGUUUUGUUUGCAUAAAAAUCACUCCAAUUUAAUACUUUCCUAUCUGAAAUUAGUUUAUUUUUCAUUAAUAACUAUUGAAUGUCCAACAACAAGUGGACAGACACGGCAUCUAUAUUCAUGUUCAUAUCGGCGACUAUGUGAACAAAUUCUUAAAUGUGAAAAAAAUCAAGAACGUCCACAUCUUUUCGAUGAUAAUGAACCAUUAAUUCGACUUUAUGCUUGUCUGAUAGUUUUACUGACAUGUAAUAAAAUAAUCGAUCUUAUUGCAUGCUACAAUCAACUUCGAUUAGAUCUUAAUUCUAAACCAUUCAUUGAUAUGUUUGUUAAAAAUUAUGGUAUUGUUUCACUUUAUCGAUGGUUGAGGCCACCAUCGCAUCACAAACGAUUAAUAUUUGAUACAAUCGAUUUACUUUUACUUCUUUGUACUGAUUCAAAAUCACUUCGCCCAUUUCUUAAACAAUUAAGUAAUGAUACAUGGUUUCAUUUACUUUAUCAAUUAACACAACAAUGCAAUGAUGGUCUUGGUUCAUCAACCAAUUUAAGCAAUAUACAAAUUCUACUGACACCAACAUUUGAUUUGAAAACCAUGGAAAAACUAGGAAUUUUAUUUGAAAAACUCUCAGAAUUAACAGAAAAUCGUCGAUUAUUUUCUAAAUAUAACUUUUUGUAUAUAUUUAAAGAAUGGAAACAAAAAUUUGUUAAUGAUAGUCCCUUUCUUGUACUUAAUAUGAAAUCAACAUUAUUAAACUUAGAACAAUAA